AUGGCCUGGACAUGCGGGCAGCAGGAGGACGAGGCAUAUUUGAGAUGCCUAUGGCGUAAAAGAAAAGCCACAGUCGACGUGGGAGGCUUGUCUGCGGUGGUUGCGCUGUCCCCAGCACGAUACAGCGAUGACUGCAUGCGGUGCAGCAGUAUUAUGUACAACAGUACUACGGGGAUCCGGUCGGGAGAUCCAGAGGGCAUCCAGCAGAGACAAGCAACCGUCACGGUUGAACCCGUACCUGGACGAGGCGGCGCAGGCCUGCCUCCAUGGAGGUCAUUUGCGGAUGAGCUUGAAGACCCCAUGCGAAGGCGUCUUACCGCUGCCGUCGAGGCCUAG